AUGGCUGGGAGCCGGGCUGGGAGGCGCUGGGCGAGCAGUGGGUUCCAGACGCACCGCCGCCUGGCCGGGGGCUGGCAUGGCCGCGUGCUUGUGAGCGCCGAGCGCGCGAGGGGCCGCUGCCACCAUGCCCGGGGGCGUGGGCGCCGCCCGGUUCUGCCUGCUGGCCCUCGCCCUGCCGGGAUGGACCAGAAGAGGAAGUGGGGAAGGCAGCCCCCAGCUACAGCAUGAACUAAUAAUACCUCAAUGGAAGACUGCUGAAGGCCCCAUGAAAGAAAAGCAUCCACUCAAAGCUGAGCUCAGGGUGAUGGCUGAGGGGCGAGAACUGAUCCUGGACCUGGAGAAGAAUGAGCACCUUUUUGCUCCAACCUACACAGAAACCCAUUAUACUCUGAGUGGCAGCCCUCAAACCACCACACUGAAAUCAGAGGAUCACUGUUUCUACCACGGGACAGUGAGGAAGGCAGAACGGUCCAGUGUCACACUCAGCACCUGCCGGGGAAUGAGAGGGCUGAUUAUGGUGAACGGUAACCUCAGCUACAUCAUUGAGCCCCUCCCUGACAGCGAGGGCCAGCACCUUCUCUACAGAUCUGAACAUCUCAAGCUGCCCCCAGGAAACUGUGGGUUUGAGCACUCCAAGCCCACCACCAGUGACUGGGUCCUUCAGUUUACGAACCAAUCCAAGAAACGACCUCGCAGGAUGAAAAGGGAAGAUUUACACUCCAUGAAGUACGUGGAGCUUUACCUCGUGGCUGAUUAUGCAGAGUUUCAGAAGAAUCGACGAGACCCAGAUGCCACCAAACACAAGCUCAUGGAAAUCGCCAAUUAUGUUGAUAAGUUUUACCGAUCCUUGAACAUCCGGAUUGCCCUCGUGGGCUUGGAAGUGUGGACUCAUGGGAAUAUGUGUGAAGUCUCGGAGAACCCGUACUCUACCCUCUGGUCAUUUCUUAGUUGGAGACGCAAGCUGCUUGCCCAAAAGAACCAUGAUAAUGCACAGUUAAUCACGGGGAUGUCCUUCCACGGCACCACCAUCGGCCUGGCUCCGCUCAUGGCCAUGUGCUCCGUGUACCAGUCUGGAGGGGUCAACAUGGACCACUCUGAGAAUGCCAUCGGUGUGGCUGCCACCAUGGCCCAUGAGAUGGGCCACAACUUCGGCAUGAGCCACGAUUCUGCAGAUUGCUGCUCAGCCAGUGCAGCUGAUGGCGGGUGCAUCAUGGCAGCUGCCACGGGGCACCCCUUUCCCAGAGUGUUCAAUGGAUGCAACAGGAAGGAGCUGGAUAGGUAUCUGCAGUCAGGUGGUGGGAUGUGUCUCUCCAACAUGCCAGACACCAGGACACUUUAUGGAGGCCGGAGGUGUGGGAACGGGUACCUGGAGGAUGGGGAAGAAUGUGACUGUGGGGAGGAAGAGGAAUGCAGCAGCCGCUGCUGCAAUGCCUCCAACUGCACCCUGAGAGAAGGCGCGGAGUGUGCCCAUGGCUCCUGCUGCCACCAGUGUAAGCUGCUGGCCCCUGGCACCCUGUGCCGUGAGCAGGCACGGCAGUGCGACCUCCCGGAGUUCUGCACAGGCAAGUCUCCCCAUUGCCCCACCAACUUCUACCAGAUGGACGGCACCCCCUGCGAGAGUGGCCAGGCCUACUGCUACAACGGCAUGUGCCUCACCUACCAGGAGCAGUGUCAGCAGCUCUGGGGUCCUGGAGCCCGGCCCGCUCCUGAUCUCUGCUUCGAGAAAGUGAAUGUAGCUGGGGACACCUUUGGAAACUGUGGGAAGGACAUGAAUGGGGAGCACAAGAAGUGCAACAUGAGAGAUGCCAAGUGUGGGAAGAUCCAGUGUCAGAGUUCUGAGGCACGGCCCCUGGAGUCCAACGCGGUACCCAUCGACACCAUCAUCAACAUGAACGGGAGGCAGAUCCAGUGCCGGGGCACCCAUGUCUACCGAGGUCCUGAGGACGAGGGUGACAUGCUGGACCCAGGCCUGGUGAUGACUGGGACCAAGUGUGGCUACAACCAUAUUUGCUUCGAGGGUCACUGCCGGAACACCUCCUUCUUUGAAACGGAAGGCUGCAGGAAGAAGUGCAACGGCCAUGGGGUCUGCAAUAACAACCAGAACUGCCACUGCUUCCGGGGCUGGGCCCCACCCUUCUGCAGCACGCCCGGCCUGGGGGGCAGCAUCGACAGUGGGCCCAUGCCCCCAGAGAGUGCUGGCCCUGUGAUAGCUGGAGUGUUCACAACCGUCUUUGUGCUGGUGGUCCUCACAAUGAUGUACUAUUGCUGCAGACAGAACAGCAAACUAGGCCAGCUGAAGCCCUUUGCCCUCCCUUCCAAGCUGAGGCAACAGCUCAGUUGUCCCUUCAGGGUGUCCCAGAAUAGUGGAACUGGCCAUGCCAACCCAACAUUCAAGUUGCAGACGCCCCAGGGCAAGCGAAAGGUGACCAACACCCCUGAAACCCUACGGAAGCCCUCCCAGCCUCCUCCCCGGCCCCCUCCAGACUACCUGCAUGCUGGGUCCCCACCUGCACCAUUGCCAGUUCACCUCAGCAGGGCUGCUAGGAACUCCCCAGGGGCUGAGUCCCAAGUAGAGAGGAAGGAGUCAUCCAGGAGGCCUCCCCCAAGCCGGCCAGUGCCCCCUGCACCAAAUUGCAUCCUUUCCCAGGACUUCUCCAGGCCUCGGCCACCCCAGAAAGCACUCCCAGCCAACCCAGUGCCAGGCCGCAAGAGCCUCCCCAGGCCAAGGGGCCCCCCCAUACUGUGGCCUCCUGCUGCUGGUGCUCAGGAGUCCCGGCCUCUGGUAUCAUCUGCCCCAAAGUUUCCUGAAUACAGAUCACAGAGGGCUGAGGGGAUGACUAGCUCAAAAAUCUGAACUCAUCCAAAAGGCUUCUCCCUUUCCUUGAGGACUCUGGGUACCACAGAGGACCCGUGGCCACAGAAUGUGGAAGAAGC